AUGCAUCGUACGCCAGUAGUAUUUAUUCGAUUAAAUCAGAUUUCUAACGUUAAUGCACCAUCCCAAAACAAUCAAAUGUUCAGUCUUAUCGUUAAACUUCUUCCAAAUACAAGAGAAGAUCAUACUGAAUUGCAUGGUACAAGAAAUCUUAUAACAGACAUUACAUGGUCUUUUCCUAUGACAAAUAUCAACGUAGAACAGAUUUCGCUGACCCUAAAGAUGAAUUCAAAUAAUGCAGAUGUUGCCAAGCUUACACUUCCAUUAAAAUGGUUCCGACCGGAUACAGUUGUUCGAGAAGUAUAUCCAAUGCGAGGUAUCUUGCAAACAGCACCUCAAAUUAUGGCAGAUUUAGAUGUUCAUAUUUCUGCCAAAGGGGAACUCCCAUUUACAGCACCACCAGCAUCUUUAGCAGUCAUUCCAGCAUGGAGAUCUGCUCAGCCAAUUAACGUUAAUCCACAGCAAGCCUACGCAAACGUUCCGAUUUCAGGUCCAGGAUGGGCGAAUCCAUUUGAACCACAACCAGAUCACGUACCACCAGCACCAGUUAUACCAAACACCCCUCAGGGCAACAAGCUCAUCAAGAGAACAAAUCUCAUUCAACAAGUUCGUCCUGCUCCAAAUCCAUACUUACAAAAUGACCAGCCACAACAUCAAAGUAUGGGUCCGCCACUUAUUGCUGCUGGCCCUACGAUGCCUCCGCCUACAUUUCUCAUUCCACCACAACCACAGCAGCCAAAGAUCGUAGAAGUCAGAGAAGAUCCAACAGAUCGCACUCAUGAUCUCCAGAAGACCAUUCUCGAAAAGAGAAAACAGCGUCUUCAGCAAGAAAAUUCAGAUAAUGAAAAUGAUGACGAAGAAGAGUUCACUUAUGAAUACGAAGAAUCAGAAGUUGAAGAAGAAAUCGAACAAGAACCUCAACAACAAGAACAGCAAUCUCUUCAACAAUUUAAUCAACAAUCUCAGCCUCAACAGCAACCGCAAUAUCAAUACCAAUAUCCACAAAUGCCACAACCACAGGUUAUCUACUUACAACCAGGCCAACAGCCUCCUCAACCUCAAUAUGUUUAUUAUCAACCACCUCCGCCUCAAAACCAAGCUCCUAACCAACAACAACCACAACCACAAUACGUAUACGUUCAGGCGCCUCCUCCUCAGCAAGUUCCAAUGCAAAUACAGAAUCAAUCCGGCCAACCACAGUUUGUUUACAUGCAACCGCCACCGCAACCACAAUACGUUUACAUGCAACCCGGUGGGCAACCUCAGCAAGUCAUUUAUUUGCAACCAGGCCAAGUUCCAUUUAAUCCUCAGCAAAAUCCUUCAUAUCAAGCUCCACAACCAACACAGCAACCUGCUUUCCAGCCCAGACCAGCUGAUGCGCCUGCUAGAAUUGUUACACAUCAUCCUCCUCAGUCACAAUUUCAAAUGAGGCCUCCCCCUCCACAAAGAACCGAAAAUACAGCUAUGAUUAAGGAAAAUACGGCUGCUCCAGUAACAGAUUUAGGUGUUCCUGCAGAAGGAGACGUCGUAGCUGAGUCUGUUUCAGGAGGAAUGCCUCAGAACGGAAAACUCGACGACAACUUGCAGAGUUUAGAUAUGGAUAAGGCUAAAAAGUCUCAUAAGAGUCUUGGAGAGAUCAAAGAAGGACUUUUGGCAGAUAAAUAA